AAUAAGAAAAUAUACUCAAUAAAGUACUUGUUUGAUUCUGCUACUACUUAUACAUACUAAUUUGGCUUAUUUAAUAUUUAUAAUAUGGUAUGUGUUUACUAUACAAAUAUUUUAUUACUUUAUUGAUUUAUUUGUAGGCAAAAUUACAAGAAAGAAGAAAAGAAAAAAAAAACAAAAGAAAGGAAGUAUAACACACAAAUGAUGAAGCCCAAUGUGUCUUACAGCCACGCACAUACAUGAUACAUCUAAAGAAUUAAAAGUUUGGAUGUUGGGCCAAGGAAAAGAACGCAGCAAAAGAAAAAUAAAAUAAAUUAAACCUAAGUUUGGAUGCUGGGCCGAAAAACAAGAAGCAGGAAUUAAAAUGAAACCUAAGACUAAGGACGGCAGACCAUAGAAGAAAAAAAGGCAAAAAAAAAAAAAACAGAGGAGACGCACAACGGAAGAAGAACGCAUCAGCGAGAGCACGAAGCGUUCAUCUGUUUUGUCCUAUGAAUCUGGAGUUCAUCCCUUUCUUCUCUCUUAAGAUUGAAAGAACGGCUCGUGCACUAAGGAAACAGAAAAGGUUGGAGCAAAUACAAAAGCUGCCAGAUUUUGAUUUGGAGUACAUCUUCUCUGAAGCAUCUGACAAUAAACCAUUAGAGAUGGGGGAUAACAACAACGAAAAGCCACUACGUGACUACGCAAUGCCGAAUGCUAGUGGAGCCCCUUCAAGUAUUGUAAGACCAACUGUUACUGCAAAUAAUUUUGAAAUUAGUCCUGCCUUAAUUCGUAUAAUUCAACAAGAACAAUUUAGUGGACUAGAUAAUGAAGAUCCUAAUGACCAUAUAGGUAAUUUUCUAGAAAAAUGUGAUACUCUUAAGCUGAAUGGAGUAACCAAUGAUGCCAUUAGAUUAGGACUUUUCCCCUUUUCACUAAAAGAUAAAGCAAAAAUAUGGUUAAAAUCUAAUCCUGCUAAUUCUUUUACUACUUGGGAAGAUUUAUCUGGAGCUUUUCUUAGAAAGUACUUUCCCCUGGUAAGACUGCUAAACUAAGAAAUGAUAUAACUAGUUUCAUACAGAAUGAUGGGGAGUCUUUAUACGAGGCUUGGGAAAGGUUUUAAACAUUUACAACGUCAAUGUCCUCACCAUGGUGUCCCAGAUUGGUUGCUUGUGCAAACUUUUUAUAAUGGUCUGAAUGAAUCUGUUAGGAUCACUAUAGAUGCUGCUGCAGGAGGUGCUAUAAUGGGUAAAACUACUGAGGUAGCUAAUAAAUUAUUAGAAGAAAUGGCUUCAAAUAAUUAUCACUGGUCUAAUGAUCGAAAAUAAACCAA